AUGGCUUUGCUUUUCAUCAAGCAGAAGCUCUUCCCUACCAAGGAAUCUCAACUUCCGAGUAAACCUCUCCUAGCUCGCAGCGAUGACGAAGAUACCAUCCGCGGCGAUUCAGAACAAGAUAUCGAGUCCCAAAGUGGCCGUUCAUAUGAUACCUUUGGCCGCACCGUCAGCUACGACGCUUCAACAACCAGCUCCGGCAGCCAGCGAUCCCGUAUCAACCCUCGCAUCGUAUCAGAUGCCAUCCUGGGCCUAUCAGAUGGACUGACCGUUCCAUUUGCCCUGAGCGCCGGUCUCUCUGCGCUGGGAAACACCAAGGUCGUUGUUCUCGGCGGGCUGGCCGAGCUCGCAGCCGGUGCCAUCUCCAUGGGACUGGGCGGAUACGUUGGUGCGAAGAGCGAAGCUGAAUCCUACCAAGCCACCGUGCGCGAAACACAACACCUGAUCGAGAGCGAGCCCCAAGAAACACACGCCAUGGUCCGCGAGUGCUUCGCUCCAUACGGGCUCUCCGGCGCUGUCGUCGACGACAUCGCUCGUGACCUUCACGCCUCACAAGACCGGCUGCUGGAGUUCCUGCUGGCGUUCCACCACCGCGAGAUCGCACCCGAUUGCAACCAGGCCUGGACUUCCGCUAUCACAUUAGCCCUUGGCUACUUUGUUGGUGGAUUCAUCCCGCUCGUGCCGUAUUUCAUUGCGGCCUCGGUCAGUGAUGCGCUGUACUGGAGUAUCGCUGUGAUGGCGGUGACUCUCGCGGCAUUUGGCUACAUCAAGACCUGUGUUGUGCGGGGCUGGUCCGGCCGUGAUAACGUUGUUGCGGCGAUCUGGGGUGGAAUCCAAAUGGUCUUUGUGGGAGGCGUGGCUGCUGGUGCUGCCAUUGGACUUGUCCGGCUGAUUGACACUGGUGGUGCUGGUGCUGGUGCUGGCGCUCAAUAA